CAUUGCAAAUGUGGGAUGCACUGGUCAUGUUUUACUAUGCCUUCCUCAGCAAUGAAGAUAAGUGUACAUACAAGGACAUUGUCAGUGCCAUUCUACAGAAGCGACUUACAAUUGCAAUAGAUGUCAGAGGUUGCACGCCUCUGUAGCAACUAGGGGUUAAGUAUCUUGCUCAGGAACACAAUGGUGUCUCACAGUGGCCUCAUUUAAUAGUUGCCACAUUUAAAAGUAAAUAUUUAUUUAUUUAUUCAAGGUGCUUGUUAGAUGUACAUUGCUGUGAUUGGUGCAGAGAGAAAAUAUGUUUCUAUGUUUUAGCAGGUGCUAUUUGAGGACAAGAAAACCCUCCUUGAGCUCCACUUCUAUUCAGCAGUCCUUCCCAUGCUGAAACAUUACGUCCUGCUUUUUCAGUCCAAGGACCCACAGGUUCAUAAACUCCAUGAUGAGCAGGAGAAACUUGUCAGGGAGUUUUUAUCUUGCUUCAUCAAGCCAGAAUAAUUGAUAAACAGCAAAGGAAGUAAUCUGUCUGGGCCAAAGAUGAAAUUGCUUGACCUGACAUCGACAGACGCCCAUCUCGCAGCACCUUUUGUUGGCUCUGAGGCCUCAUCCCUCCUUGACCAACUAGGGAGGGAACACCCUGUUAUGAAGGCUUUCAAAACUAAGGUAAUCCAAGCCUACACCAGCUGUGCAGGUGACCUUCAAACAAAGCUACCUCUUGACAGUCCAACCCUAACGACUGUCAUGCUUGGACCCAGACGCACGGGGAAGCCAUCACAUUCUUCCUCAUCUUUGCCAAACAUGUUUCCAGCUGUGAAGCUUAAUGAACUGGAGAGAGCUGGAUUUCAACAUGAAAUACACAGAUAUGCAAGUGACAUGACAGUACCUCAGAUGACAGAGGGGGCAAGAGUUGAUUUAUGGUGGAAUGUUGUGAGAAAGACUCAGAGGUACCCAGCACUCUGCAAGCUUGCACUGUCUGCACUAUGCCCAUUUCAUGGUCCACAGGUGGAAUCAGCAUUCAGUGUAAUGUCCAACAUCCUGCAAGCCAAAGCUGCCAACUUAAGUGUUGAGACAUAUGAGUCCUAUCAAGUGGUCAAAUACAACCUGAAGGCCAUGCAGGUGUCGGCCAUUCAGCACUACUCCCGGAAGACAAAGGAGAGUCCUGUUAAUGUACAGCUGUGCAGAAAUGUAAAACUAUCGAGCCAAAGGUACAGAGCUCUGCUCAGAAAUAAAGAAGAACUGAACAAAAGGCCUUAUCACUCUGAGAAGCCAACGGCCAGCAAGAAAAUGUCAAAAGAUGCCAUUGUGGCAGCAGCUGUGAGUGCCAGGCGCAAAUUCCAAAAGAAACGUGUAGAGGCUCUAAAAAAGCUUGCUACAAAGGCUAAAGAGUCAUACAAAAAUUGAGGCCUUCUUCUGACAUGAAAGUUUGCAUGUUGCACAUUUAACUGUUAAAGUUGGGUAAAAAUG